GUGCCUUUCUCUGGCUCUCCCAGGGGAUGUCGGGAUAAAACCUAAGGCUGCUGUCCUGAAAACUUUUGGGAAGAGUCAAAGGGAGGGAAACAAGAGUUAAAGUCUAGUUUGUUCGACUGCGAGUAUGACAGACGCCGAGGCGCAGAGCGCUCCUCCAGCGGCCCCGGGGGACGAUAACCCGCAGCCGGAGAGAAAAGUCAUAGCAACACUGGUCCAAGGCACAGUUAAAUGGUUCAAUGUGCGAAAUGGAUAUGGAUUUAUAAACCGGAAUGACACCAAAGAGGAUGUAUUUGUCCAUCAGACGGCCAUAAAAAAGAAUAAUCCUAGGAAAUUCCUCCGCAGUGUGGGAGAUGGAGAGGUUGUAGAGUUUGACGUUAUAGAGGCAGCAAAGGGCUCAGAAGCGGCCAAUGUGACUGGUCCUGGUGGUGUACCCGUCAAAGGCAGUCGCUAUGCGCCAAACAAAAGGCGAUUCCGGCGGCGAUUCUUUCCUCGUAGUCCUCGUCCUGGAGAUCAGCCCAAAUCUGCUGAUGGGACAGAGGGCGAGGGCACCGCGGAUGAGGGCACUAGACCCCCACCUCGUCGCAGAAGACCACGCAGACCAAGGCCACAGGAUGGUGAAGCUGUGGAGCAGAAUGAAGUAGCCGAAGGAGAUCAGACGGAGCGACCAAGACGAAGGUUCUGGCGUCCAUAUCGGAGGCCCUUCAGACCACGUCAGCCUCAGGACCAGUCCACCACAGAGCAGGCUGUGACUCAGGAGGAGAAGGACUCAGAGCAGGCACCCAAAGAGCCCAAAGAGCUUUCAGAUGACAAGCCCACAGACGCUGAUCCUCCACACACCAACGGUGACGCCACAGACAGUCCAGGACAGAAGCCACGACGCCAGUCCAGACGCCGCAGACAGAGGAACUCUGAGUCCUCUACCUCUAAAAAUGAUACAGAAAAAUCUGCCUCUGAACCUGAAACCCCGCCUCAGACCUCGAAAACAUCAGACCUAAAGGCUGCUUCGCAGUCGCCAAAGACUUCUCCCAAAACAACAAAAUCGCCAACACAGACUACAUCCACAGAGUGACCAUCUAUGGGACAGUCACAGGACCCUUGGCAUCAGGUCCUAGGGUUGGAGACUGAACCCAUUUCUGAAAGCCUGGCACUUCUCUCCCCUCCCUGCUCUCCCCCAUCCUCCACUUCACCUCACCUCACGAUCAUCCUUCACCCCUAUCUGUGUUUGGACAUUACAGUCUAGUGUCUGACAACUAGAGCAGGUGAUGUAGGUGGUAGUGGGUGUUGUAUUUAGGGCAAAACUUAAUAUUUAAAGAAAAUGGGAUAAGAACAAUUCUGCUUGGUGGCCCAGUUAUUACAACCACUUUAAAACAAUUUUCUUUUAAGUGACAAGAUGAAACAUUGUUGGAGAGAUCUGCCUUGAUUUUCAUUUAACCAUUUUAAUUUGGUUGAAGUGGGGGAUAUGCCAAGCAGGUGUGAGGUUGGUGGUGCAUUAUGAGUCACUUUAGUUCUGUUGCCACCUCAGUAUGUCCCAUUCCUCAGUUUGAGGGGAGGAUUAAUGAAAACUUUAUUUGUUAAGUUUGACUUUUGUGCUUUUUCUUUGGAGGGGAUUAUGUGCAAUGCUUGUUGUUUGUUAUAAUAAAUCAUGUUUGGCACACUUGCA